AUGGGGAAGUACCGGAAAAUCGGAAAACUCGGAGAAGGCGCCUACGGUACCGUCUACAAAGCCCGUAAGAUUGGUCGUACAAGUCAAGUCGUUGCUCUGAAGAAGAUCCAGCUGAGAUGUGAGGAUGAGGGUGUUCCUAGCACCACCCUCCGCGAACUGAUCCUCCUCAAGGAAAUGCAUGACCCCAAUAUUGUCCAACUCCUGGACGUCGUCCACAUCGAUGACCACAGGCUCUACCUCGUCCUCGAAUUUGUGGAUAUGGACCUGAAGAGGUACAUGGAGUCCAUGUUGACGGCAAACCCGAACCGGGACGAUGCAACGAUCAAAAAGCUUAUGGCACACCUGGUAGAGGGUGUCCGAUAUUGCCACGGUCACCGGAUCCUCCACCGCGAUUUGAAGCCCCAGAAUUUGCUGGUUGACCGCCAGGGUAACCUGAAGCUGGCCGACUUUGGCUUGGCACGAGCAUUCGGUGGCCCACUGCGCACUUACACCCACGAGGUGGUUACGCUAUGGUACCGUUCUCCUGAGAUCCUACUGGGAGAUCUCCAGUACUCGACUGGGGUCGAUAUGUGGUCAGUAGGCGCUAUCUUUGCUGAGAUGUGCACUCGCAGGCCGUUAUUUCCAGGGUAUUCGGAGAUUGAUGAGAUUUUCAAGAUCUUUCGCGUACUCGGUACCCCAGAUGAAGAGGUUUGGCCGGGAAUUACCUCGUUCCCUGAAUACGAAGUCAGCUUCCCCAAGUGGAAGCGACCCAGUACGCCCAUCGUGUCCAGCCUGGGGCCACACGGUUUGGAGCUGCUGGAGGCUCUGCUGGAGUACGACCCCGCGCAUCGGCUUUCUGCGAAACAGGCCAGCAUGCAUCCUUACUUCGGAAACGGCAGCUCGUACUACACAGGCCAUUCUCAGCGCAAUGCAUAUCACUAA